CUCACACUUUAGUGGGAAGAAAAUACAAAGCAGUGAAUAUGAAUACAGUGAAGCGACAGCAAAAACGCACUCUCUUCUCUUCUCUUCUCUUCUCUUCUAAUAAUAUCAUAAUUCAUAAACCCAUAACUUUCCCCAAAAGCUUCACUCCAAUGGCGUUUCUCAGAAAUCAAAUCCAGACCUUUCUCUUCUUCUUCUUCUUCUUCUUCUUCUCUCUUCUUCAUCCCUGUUUCGCUUCAUCAUUCACUCCACCUGAUAAUUACCUUCUUAAUUGUGGCGCUAACACAACCACUUCUUUCUUCUCAAUCCGUUCUUUUCUCAGCGACACUUCACAGCCUGGUUCGAGUUUUCUCUCAACCGAUGGAUCCAUUUCGAUUUCUGACCCGAACCCAUCUCCAGAUUCGCCCGUUUUAUACCACACGGCUCGUGUUUUCCCCAUCGGAGGAUCAUACAAAUUCAAAGUCACCAGCAAAGGUGCUCACUUUAUCCGUCUCCAUUUCGCGCCUUUUAAAGCUUCGGGAUUUGACUUAAGGUCUGCGAAAUUUGGAGUUUUGAUUAAUGGGUUCGCUGUGAUGAACAGUUUCGGUACUAGUUCCGUUGUCGUUAAAGAAUUUGUACUCAAAAUCGAUGAUCCUGUUUUUGAGGUUUUGUUUGUCCCUUCUAAAGCUUCUGGAUUUGGGUUUGUUAAUGCGGUAGAAGUGUUUUCAGCACCUGAGGAUUAUGUAAUGGAUAAAGGAACUAAGUUUGUAAUCCCUAACUCUGCUCAAAUCUUCAGUAACUUGUCAUCUCAAGUGCUUGAGACUGUUCAUAGAAUCAACGUUGGUGGUUUGAAAUUGACGCCGUUUAAUGAUUCAUUGUGGAGGACUUGGGUUGUUGAUGACGACUUUAUUCUGUUGAGAGCUGCUGCAAAACGUGCUUGGACUACUCAUCCUCCCAAUUAUCAGAAAGGUGGUGCCACGAGAGAGAUUGCUCCGGAUAAUGUUUACAUGACUGCUCAGGAGAUGAAUCGAGACAAUCAGGAGUUGCAGGCAAGGUUUAACAUUAGCUGGGGGUUCCCGGUUGAUUCGAAACGAGAUCUACAUUUGGUUCGUUUGCAUUUCUGCGAUAUCGUAAGUACAUCGCUUAAUCAGCUCUAUUUCAAUGUCUUUAUCAAUGAUCAUCUUGCGUAUAAAGAUGUUGAUCUCUCCACGCUUACCUUCCAUGUGCUUGCGUCUCCGUUGUACAUUGAUUUUGUUGCGGAAUCUGAUCUAUCUGGAAUGUUGAGGAUUAGCGUUGGACCGUCUGAUCUUAGUAAUCCUGCGAGGGUUAAUGCUUUAUUGAAUGGAGUUGAGAUCAUGAGGCUUGUGAGUCCUGUGAAUUCCAAAGUGGAAUCUGGAAGAAAGAAGAAUGUUGUUUGGAUCGUGGUUGGUUCAGUAUUGGGAGGUUUUGUGUUCUUGUCUCUACUCUUCUUGUGCCUUUUGUGCUUGUGCAGGCGCAAGAACACCAAGACGAGGAGUUCAGAGAGCACGGGAUGGACACCUUUGAGGAGGUUUAGAGGCAGUUCUAACAGUAGAACAACUGAAAGAACUGUUAGUUCUAGUGGCUAUCACACUCUGAGAAUCUCUUUCGCGGAAUUACAAUCCGGGACCAAUAACUUUGACAGAAGCUUAGUAAUAGGAGUUGGCGGAUUUGGAAUGGUCUUUAAAGGGUCUCUUAAAGACAACACCAAAGUAGCUGUGAAGAGAGGCUCCCCUGGUUCAAGACAGGGCUUACCGGAGUUUCUCUCUGAGAUAACCAUUCUCUCUAAGAUCCGUCAUCGCCAUCUGGUUUCGCUUGUUGGGUAUUGCGAAGAACAGUCUGAGAUGAUUCUGGUUUAUGAGUACAUGGAUAAAGGACCGCUCAAAAGUCACUUGUACGGAUCCACCAAUCCGCCUUUAUCUUGGAAACAACGGCUUGAGGUUUGCAUUGGUGCAGCCAGAGGUCUUCAUUACCUUCACACGGGUUCUUCGCAAGGAAUCAUCCACCGAGAUAUAAAAUCCACCAAUAUCUUACUAGAUAACAACUAUGUAGCCAAAGUUGCAGACUUUGGACUCUCAAGAUCCGGUCCUUGUAUUGAUGAGACACAUGUGAGCACUGGCGUUAAAGGAAGCUUCGGGUAUCUUGAUCCUGAAUACUUCAGAAGACAGCAGCUCACAGAUAAAUCCGAUGUUUAUUCGUUUGGUGUUGUUCUAUUCGAAGUUCUUUGCGCUAGACCCGCUGUUGAUCCGUUUCUUGUCAGGGAACAAGUGAAUUUAGCGGAAUGGGCAAUUGAAUGGCAAAAGAAAGGGAUGCUCGACCAAAUCGUUGAUCCGAAUAUCGCUGAUCAGAUCAAACCAUGCUCAUUGAAAAAAUUCGCCGAAACUGCAGAGAAAUGCUGUGCGGAUUACGGUGUGGAUAGACCAACAAUUGGCGAUGUUCUUUGGAAUUUGGAACAUGUGCUUCAACUUCAAGAAUCCGGACCACUAGACAAGCCUGAGGAAGUUAAUGGAGACAAUACCGGUUCAGGAACGGCUCGACGAGGUCCAUCUAGUGGCUCAAACACAGAGAGAGACAGUGCAGACGAUGGAACUUCAGGCAUAAUCAGUAGCAGCCAAGUGUUCUCUCAGCUAAUGACCAACGCUGGCAGAUAAAAAUAGACAUUGCUAUAUAUAUAGAGGGACAAUACAUUAACCGGGAAACCGAAGCUGUGUACCGGUAUCUCAAAUUAUAAUUUUGUUUGAAUUGUAACUUGUAGAGUCUUUGAUUGUUUGUUCAUUUCGCCAUUUGUUUGUAACAUUUGUAUAUUACGGAUGAAUCAUAAACCGGUAGAACCAACAGAUUACUGUA